AUGAGUUUCUCGAUUGUCGGACCAAUUUUCCAGCGCGUCCGUCGGCAUGAGUGGUUGGAUACGUCGGUUCUCCCAUCUAAGCCGGCACUUGGUACACGAAGUGGUUUCCCUAAGGGAGGCAGCUCUGCCCGGGAAUCUCGGGAUGGCACUUCGAACUCGCUCUUACAUUACAAUAAUAUUCACCACAGCAACCUACGGUCACUUCAAAACUUAGCGUCGUACUCACCUCUAAGCGGGAACGGUACACUAGUUGGUGUUGGUGAUGCAGAAUAUGUCAACGCGAAGCUCUUGGAGAUGCGAAGGAUUGCGCGUCGACGAGAGCAGUGCCGCAUCAACCAGGCUCGCUAUCGUUUCAGGAAAGAACAAAGGGCACAAGCGAGUCAUAAGACAGUACUUAAGCUACGCGAAGAGAUUUCUCAACUGGAGCUAGAACGAAGCCGCCUCCUCUCUAGUGUCAAGCAGUCUGUUUUCGAUGUGGUGGUCGAGUACUUCCACCACUUUCGUCAUGGAAUAGAAUCUGGUCAGGACAGUCUCGCUCAAGACCGUCAGGUUCAAGAGAAGGUCAGGUUCCUCCAGUCGUCGAUGGCACCGAACCUUAGUCUCGGCGAGUGUCGUGGUGUGGAUACUCUCAUCGAUCGGUGGCAUCGAUUUUCUUCGUACUUCGAGAAGCUACACUUUCAACUCGAGCACAUGAGGGAGGUCGCCCCGAGUCUUGUCGUUGUAAGAGCGUCCUUGGCCGUGACGGUGACCAAAACUACUCUCAAGUGUGUGUUCCUCCAUUUGUUGGAAAACGAUCAAGACUUGAAGCUGACAAGAGUUGGAGCAAAGCUGCUAGGACGGCGAUUGCAACUGCCUUGCUCGCUUUGGUUUGAAUGGGAUGAAGGUAGUAACAAGGUCGUGCGCCUAGAGACGUCGGUUGAUAUCUUGAUACCAGUCAAGAAAGUGAUGAAAUCAGUGGAAGACACAGCAUUGGUGUUAAACCAAGCGAUGGCCACUGGAGACAGCGAGUUAGAUAUUUCACUACUUUGCAGGAAAGGAACGACAGGUAGUUGA